AUGGCUAGAAAAGGCGGCGGAGGCUUCGACGUGAGCCUGCUCUUCAGCAAUGUGGUGCUGAUGGUCACCAUGGGCCUCGCUCUCAUUGCGUGGCUCGUCGCCUUCAUUGGGCAGAUUGCCGCCCAGGCAAGCAACGCGGGACUUUUGGGCACUGCUCCCUUGACUGGCCACACUGUUCUCUGGUUCUCCAUCUUCCUGCAUCUCUUCAUCAUCAUUGGCUUUGGUGCCACUGUGGUGACGGAUGCGAUUGCGGCCACCCGGAUCCAGCUGGCGACCUUCACUGCUGUUGCCCUCGUCUUUGCCGUCUUUGGCAUUGACAGCGGCAUCUACAGCAACCUGGGAAGCCUCAACGCUGUUGCCGCCGGCUACUUUAUCCUGACGAUUGUCGAUGUCAUCUGGCUCCUCUUUCUCACGUCAGAGGAGGACACGGUCGUCUAUGGCCUCCUCACCAUGGCCGGCAACGGCAGGCUGUCGGGCCCCGGCGCACGAUUUGGAACGAGCGCCGCGACAGGCGUCCACCGCAACAACGGCGUCGGCAGCGGAGGCAUGGGCAACGGCUCCACCUACGGAGGUGGCUUCCAGGGUGGCGCCGCCAAUGGUGGCUACCAGCCCACCUAUGGCCAGGGCCCCUCUGCCCACGACAUUACCACCGCCAACGCUGGAGGUACGCCCAAGCUCGACAGCCACAGCGUUCGAAGCGGCGUUGCUGCCUCGGCGGCUGGCACCGGUCACUCUGGCGUCGUUGCGCCCGGCCAACGAGGACCAGGCUCCGACUUUGGCCACAGCACCACCCACGAGGGACGCACGGGAAGCCCGGGGAGCACGCACAAGCAGGCGACGCUCGACGGCCAUCACAACGAGCCAAUGCCGGGGUACGGCUACAAGGCGCGGGCCCUAUAUGCGUACCAGGCCAACGCAGACGAUCCGACGGAGAUCUCCUUUACAAAGGGCGAGAUCCUCGACAUCGUCGACAACAGCGGCAAGUGGUGGCAAGCGAGAAAAUCGACGGGAGAGACGGGCAUCGUCCCGAGCAAUUACAUGCAGGUUCUCUGA